ACGCUGCGGUAUCGUAGUACAAACAAAAUCUGUUUGCUGAAAUGUAGUCUGACGUAGGCUUCUCAAGCUAACGGACCGAUACGAUGUAAUGUCUGUAGUGCUUUUUGUGUGUAUUUUCACCGUUCCACCCGGCGCUGCAGUCAGUCAGUCAGUCUCGCAGCAUGUGUAUCGACGGAUUGGCCAUAUAAAGUGCGCUAAAACUCUCCGUGACGCGUGUAUCGGCUAAAUAACAGACCGUUUUGAGCAGAGACUGCUAACUAGCGACACAGAUGGCUUUAUGGGAGGGAAUGCAUUGGGGGUAAUGGGAUCUGUGCGGUUAUAUGCAGCCCGUCGGUAGGGCACGAGACCCAGACCGCAGCUGAAAGCGCCGGGAUCUCGCUACAUCUGCAGCUUAUAAUAUAACCACCGGCCAUUUUCAGGCGGGGGAUCAAACACCUCGGGCUGCAGAUGGGCUUUAAUAUCGGUCUAAUGAAGUAAUUUGAAGCCCAUACUUCAGUCCCCGAGCGUGUGAUGAUAGGAGACACAAUGACGCUUUUGUCUCUUUUGGGUCGCAUCAUGCGUUAUUUCUUGCUCAGGCCAGAGACCUUGUUUCUGUUAUGUAUAAGCUUGGCCCUUUGGAGUUACUUCUUCCACACGGACGAGGUGAAAACCAUCGUCAAGUCCAGCCGGGAUGCCGUCAAGAUGGUGAAGGGGAAAGUGGCGGAGAUGAUGAUGAACGACAGACUCGGCGGUCUGGAGGUGCUGGACGCGGAGUUCUCCAAGACCUGGGAGUUCAAGAACAACAAUGUAGCGGUGUACUCGAUACAGGGCCGGAGAGACCACAUGGAGGACCGCUUUGAGGUCCUUACCGACCUGGUGAACAGGAGCCACCCUUCAGUCUUUGCUGUUUUUGACGGCCACGGCGGGGAGGCAGCCGCUGAUUAUGUGAAGGCCCACCUACCCGAGGCUCUGAAACAACAGCUGCAGGCCUAUGAGUGGGAAAAGAAAGACAGCCCUCUGUCCUAUCCCGCCAUCCUAGAGCAGCGCAUUCUGGCUGUGGACCGGGACAUGGUGGAGAAGUUCUCUGCCAGCCAUGAUGAAGCAGGCACGACGUGUUUGGUAGCCCUGUUGUCAGACCGUGAACUGACUGUGGCAAAUGUCGGAGACUCUCGCGGCGUUCUCUGCGACAAGGACGGCAACGCUGUGGCCUUGUCACAUGAUCACAAGCCUUACCAGCUGAAAGAGCGCAAGAGGAUCAAGAGAGCAGGUGGCUUCAUCAGUUUCAACGGUUCUUGGCGUGUGCAAGGCAUCCUUGCCAUGUCGCGCUCACUUGGUGACUACCCUCUCAAGAACUUGAAUGUGGUCAUCCCAGACCCAGAUAUCUUGACCUUUGACCUGGACAAGCUCCAGCCGGAGUUCAUGAUCCUAGCCUCCGACGGCCUGUGGGACGCGUUCAGCAACAAGGAGGCCGUACGCUUUGUGCGGGAACGCUUGGAUGAGCCGCACUUUGGCGCCAAGAGCAUUGUGCUGCAGUCUUUCUACCGCGGCUGUCCCGACAACAUCACUGUCAUGGUGGUGAAGUUCAAGAGCAGCUCUGGGAGCAAAACUGGAGAGUAGAUGGACUCAACUAAUAAACAGCCUCAACCGAUCAAUAAACAGCCUCCAUUGUCUUUCCAUUAAUGCAUAUUGCAAGACGCUAGAUGGUGUAAUACGAGACAAACAUUUUUUUUCUCUCACAAUUACAAUAAACUGUACAGACACACAUGUGCAAACACGUGCAUUCCCAGAUUUAUUGUAAUUUUUAUUUUUUUGGUGUGUGCCAAAUGGACACUUU